GUCUGCUGGCGGCAUGGAUCCGGAGUGCCCUGCGGUCAGACACGCUGUCCGGGAAGCCAUCCUUGCCCUGUCCUCUUCCCAGGACGGUGGCCACAUUCUUUCCAGCCUAGGGGCCCUGAAGCGCUACCUUGGGGAAGCAGAGGGCUCCGCUCUCCCCAGGGAGAAGGAGGAGUUUGCCAGGGUCCACUGCCCUGCCUUGCUCAGGUGUCUGGCCAGCAAGCUGAGCCCAGACUGGCUGGGGCUGCUGCCCGACGGCCGGCUGGAACAGCUGAGCCGCAGCUUCUUCCUGGAGGCCCCGGCCGCCCCGGCCCUCUUGGUGCUGCUGGAGUCCCUCCAGUGUGCUGCCGGCCCCAGCUCCCGUCUGAUGAAGGUGGCCCAGCUGCUGGUGGCGUUCCUGGGCGAGGGCAGGAUGGCGGUCCUGCUGGCGGAGCAGUGUCGGCUGCCGGCAGGGCCCGGCUUCACCCCGCUCCAGGAGACGCUGCUCAGCAAGGUGGCGGGCCUGCCCGACUGCCUGGGCAGCCUGCGGCAGGAGAGCCCGGCCGAGCUCCUGCCCCAGACCUACUUCCCGCGGCUUGGCGAGGCGCUGGCGCAGGCCCUGCAGGCAGUCGUGGACUCGCUCCAAGAGGGCUCCGACUGCUCCGUCGCCUUUGUGUCCCGGCUCCUGGGGAAGGUGUGCGUCCGCGGGAGGCAGAAGGAGCUCCUGGGGGUGCUGCUGCCCCGGCUGACAGCGCUCGCUCAGGGCAGCUGCCUCGGGCAGCGGGUCUGCUGGCGCCUGGUGGAGCAAGUGCCCGACGGGGCCAUGGAGGCCGUGCUGACGGGGCUGGUGGCGGCCGCUUCAGGGCCCGAAGUGCUGUCGAGGUUGCUGGGAGACUUGGCAGUGAAGAACAAGAAAGCCCAGUUCCUGAUGGCUCGGAAGCUGCUGCUCCUACAGCACCAGUGCACGACGCUCAUGCUGCAGACCCUGCGGGACUCCUUGGCCGCCCCCAGCCAGCGGCGCCCACUCCUGCUGCAGGUGCUGAGGGAGCUCUUGGAGGCGUGGGGCAGCAGCAGCGCCAUCCGACACACGCCCCUGCCGCAGCAGUGCCACGUGAGCAAGGCCGUGCUCAUCUGCCUGGCGCACCUGGAGGAGGCGGAGCUGCAGGACAGCCGGGAGGAACUGCUGGCCAGUAUGAUGGCGGGCGUGAAGUGCCGGCUGGACAGCAGCCUGCCCCCUGUGCGCCGCCUGGGCAUGGUUGUGGCCGAGGUCCUCAGCUCCCGGCUCCACCCCGAGGGGCCACCACUGAGGUUCCAGUACGAGGAGGACGGGCUGAGCCGGGAGCUGCUGGCCCUGGCCGCUCCCCGCUCUGUGGGCCACGGCUCCCCCGAGGCCAGCCCGUCCCUGGCUCCAGGUGCUGCAGAAACCCUGACAGAGGCCUCAGAGCGUGGUGCGCCCCAGGCAGGACUAGAGGGCUCUGGCUCGGACCUGGAUAGUGACGACGAGCUCGUCCCCUAUGACAUGUCGGGGGAUAGAGAGCUGAAGAGCGGCAAGGCGCCCGUGUACAUCCGCGACUGCGUGGAAGCCCUGAGCUCGUCGGAGGACGGGGAGUGCUGGGAGGCCGCCCUGCGGGCACUCGAGGGCCUGGUCUGCAGGAGCCCUGUGGCCGCUCAGGAGGUGAGCGUGGAGCUGGCCAAGGUGCUGCUACACCUGGAGGAGAGGGUGUGCGUGGCAGGGUUUGAGGAGCUACGCCAGAGAGCGCUGGUGGCCGUCACGGUCGUGGACCCAGCCCGGGUGGCCGCAUACCUGACCUCGCAGUUCUACGCCCUGAACUAUAGCCUCCGGCAGCGCAUGGACAUCCUGGACGUGCUGACCCUGGCUGCCCAGGAACUGUCCCGGCCUGGGCGCUCCAGGAGGGCUCUCCGACACGGCAGUCCCGGCCCUGGCUUCCUGUGCUCACCUGCACGGGCCACCUCGCAGCCUGGCAGCACCGCAGCACCCGACUGGCGGGUUGUCGUGGAGGAGCGGAUCAGAAGCAAGACCCGGCGUUUCUCCAAGGGCCCUUCCCGGCCAGCCCCGGCAGGUGGCCCAAAUGAGUUCAGUGCUGUGGCCGGCCACUUCUUCUUCCCGCUCCUGCAGCGCUUUGACAGGCCUCUCAUGACCUUUGACCUGUUGGGAGAUGACCAGCUGGUUCUUGGAAGACUGACCCACACCUUAGGAGCCCUGAUGUACCUGGCUGUGAACACCACAGUGGCCGUGUCCAUGGGCAAAGCCCUGCUGGAGUUCGUGUGGGCCCUUCGCUUCCAUACUGACGCCUAUGUGCGCCGCGGCCUGCUGUCUGCCGUCUCUGCUGUCCUACUCAGUGUACCUGCCGGGCAGCUGCUCGGGGACCUGCCAGAUGAGCUGCUGGAGGCCCGGUCCUGGCUGGCAGACGAGGCCGAGCGGGACCCUGAUGAGGGCUGCCGGGAGCUGGCCCUGAGGGCUCUGCUGCUGCUGGAAGGACUCAAGGACAGGCUCCUCCCACCUCCCCACAGUCUGGUCCUGCCCGGGAGCCGGCCCUGAGGGCUCUGCUGCUGCUGGAAGGACUCAAGGACAGCUCCUCCCACCUCCCACAGUCUGGUCCUGCCUGGGCAGGAGGCCGCAGCCCUGGGCCUGAGUGAGCCAGUGUUGCCUGGCUCCAUGAAGCCUUUCGGCACUGUGUGCGGGUGCUGCGUGUGCAGGCACGUGUGAUGCGUGAGAGCUGUGUGUGCAGAUAGAGGAAGCUGCUGCUUGGAGCCCGUCACCUCUGAGACUACUGCUAAAACACCUGAGGGCACUUGGCUUGCCCAGAGGGACUUCAGGGGCCACUGUGGAGGUGUGGGGACAGCCCAGGCGGGGGCAUCUGUGGGAAUAAAAGGAGCCGCAGGGCUCGGCCCAGUGCUU